UGGCGUGUAAGGUGUUCUUCGGGAAACAGUUCCUAUAUACGCAUGCGCGGUGUUACAGGAAGCUCCAAUAUAAGCAGACGGAACAUAUAUAGGAAAUUGGUGGUUGAACAUGUGAUUAAAAUAAUUCCUGAAAUACAACUGGUGCCACUGUCGUCUGAUCAAGCAACGUAAAAGGUCCUUUGCCAGUCCUCAGCAUCCUACCACUCCGAAGCCAUGGGUGCCUCGAACUCUACACCUGCCACUCCUACAGUUGCUGGUACCCAGACUGGCCCUCCUAGUGAAUGCCCCAUGCAUCAGAAGCAGUCAGCUAAGGAUGUGAAUUCUGCCAUGUCAGCAGCACCCUCCAACUACCCAAGUGAAUGCCCAAUGCACCAGGCAUCACAAGAGGGGAAAAUUAACCUUGAUAAUAUGAUGCCUCCCCCAAACCAGAGGCCAGCCCCAGACCAGCCCUUUCCUCUGCCAACAAGCCGUGUAACAUCAAAAAUACCAAAGGGGGGUUCAGAAAAUGAAAACUGGGUCUACCCUUCUCAACAGAUGUUUUGGAAUGCUAUGCUUAGAAAGGGAUGGCGAUGGAAGGAUGAUGACAUGAAGCCAGAAGACAUGCAACACAUCAUCAGCAUCCACAAUGCUAACAAUGAACAAGCCUGGGAAGAAGUGCUCAAGUGGGAAGCCUUGCAUGCCAGGCAAUGUGACUGUCCCAAGUUGAAAAGGUUUGGUGGGAAAGCAAAAGAGUUUUCCCCAAGAGCAAGGAUUCGAGGCUGGUUUGGGGAUUCAUCUAGGUCUGUUUGGUCUUCAGCCACAAUACUGCAGCAAAUAUAUGAACUCCCAUUUGACCGACAUGAUUGGAUUGUUGACCGCUGUGGCAAGGAAGUUCGCUACAUUAUUGACUAUUAUGAUGGUGGAGCAGUGAAUAAGAGCACGUAUGAGUUCACACUUUUAGACGUGCGACCAGCAUUUGAUUCUCCAGGUGCAGCGUGGGACAGGAUGAAAGUAGCCUUUAUGAGAUGGAGGAUGAGUUCAAGUGAUAAGGAGUUGAAGGCAAACUCUAAAGCUGUCUAUCACGACAAGGAAGCAGUAAAGAGCACCUCAGACUAGCCACAGCAUAAAUCUUGACCAGUUUGACUGGCACUGGUUUUAAGUGUGAGGAUUUAUUGAGGAAACAAUAGUGUUACUCCGGAUGCAAGUGAGAAUUGUGUUGGGAACUCCUGUGCCGAGGCCAGGGAGUGGCAUUGAUGAAGCUGUCAGAUGACUGUGAGGAGAAGCUUCAGUGGGAGCAUGGAGGCGGCACCUGGAGUAGACCAGGACGACACGUUAAUGAAUGAAUGACAGUGUUGCUGGAGACUGGUUGCAGAAGAAGGUCAAGCCAUGUCAUGACAUUGUAUCUGUCCGUGGUUUGCCAUCAACAUCUUCAAAUUUCACCAGAGUUUAUUGAUUAUUUGAUGUAAUCAUCUUGCCUUCUUCUUUUUGUGAAAUCGCAUGAUUCAUUGUGUAAAUUAUAAUUAUAGAAAAUAAAGUUACGUUUUCAUUUUGAA